AUGAGCUCAAAGCUAAACAUUGAGUCUGUUCUCAAUAGGGGGCCAUCGAAAUUGUCACGAUCCCAAAGUAAUGCCGAAACCUUCAUUCCGCUGUUUAUGGGGCGGAGUAGUGACAACCUGAAUAAGCGACGUGGAUUCAUUGCUAGCCAUCAAACCAGUAUAUCCAUCGACUCAUUGAAAGAUAUUAUUACCGAUCAGGGACUAGGCAACCCUAGAGUUAUCACCUUGGACCAAACGAUAGGAGAUGGGGUGGUCUCCUUGAAUUAUGGAAAUAAAUGCCUGACAAGCAAUGAUCAUCAAUAUAUACACCAUCCAAGAAGUUCUGGGAAAUAUGGACAUUCAAAGAGUUACACCGAAGCCAAUAUUGACAAAUUCACAAAUGGGGAUCAACAUGUGUUCAACAAUAUGAUUUAUGAGGAAGGGGCGGGCGGUGCUGAGAAAUCACAAUUUUCUCAGAGUAAUGGAAGUUACACGAGUCGUGAUCAUGAUCCAUCAUCGAUGGUUUCUGUUAAUAUCACCAAUUUUGAAUUUCCCAAAACCUUGCUCAAUCCUAGCCCAUCACCGAGUGCCGGAAGUAUUGGUCCAAGAGAAAGAUCUGACUACAGUCUUCAACGCGGCUCUAAUGAUGCUAUUGCUUUAGCAGGUAACAAUAUAUCUUCCAAGAAUCUUGUUCGUGAACGCAGCCAAAGCCCUUUAAAACACAGGAAUAAUAUUCAACACCACAAACUGUGCAGUGGUGGUCAACUUUCUCAACCAAAUUCCACAUUUUCUUUAGAUUUCGAGUCCUCUACCUAUGGUGGAAAGCAGGCAUCGGUCAGUCCCAAAAAUCGAGCUCCCGGAUCUUCAGACUCUCUUAAUACAACUAGUAACCAUAGUAGUGAAUACUUUGCUAAACUUACGCUUUUGACAGAACCUUCAAGGACGGAACAAGCAACCGCCCAGGUAUUAAAAUGUUCUAGGAAGUUAUUGUUUGCAUUCAGUGAACUAUAUAAUGCCUUAAAGAAGUUUACACAGUUUAAUAAUUCCGGGCAUACCAAAACUCAAGAGAAAUUUGUCACCACAUUGCUCAUUAGUCGGAAGAAAAUCCAUAAGUUGGCGGAAGCCCUUGAAUCUUGCGAAUCUGAUAUUGACCUCGACUCUUUGAGUUUUAUGACUCCAAGGCACGAAAUUAUUGAAACAGUAUUGACCCAUGUGGUGAAUAGUGUGGUGACAUUCAGAAAAUUGGCAUGUUUGGUAAAAGAGAACCUUGAACAAUUGACAAAACUGACUGAUGUUUGUUUUCUAAGGAUGUUGAUAUUAUCAGUGUUUGGAUGCUUUAAUGAGAUUUAUAAUGCAUCAGUGAUCAUGAAACCAGCCACCAAUAAUGAUACACCUCCAAUAGAUGAGAGAAUAUAUGAAAAGCCUGUAGAAGCUUUAGUGCAGCCACUACCAGCACCGGGAAAAUUCCAUACUUUGACAAAGCCUAUCAUUCAAAUGACCCUCAAAUCGUGCCGUUCAAUUUCAGACAUUCUUUCAAAGCACUCGCACUCGCACUCAAAGUCAUCCUCAAUACAAUCGUUAAUAUGCUCUAUCGAGUCUCAAUGUCUAGCAAUCAUUUCCCUUGCACAAUCUAUGAAUGUCCACCUACCGGAUUACGAUUCACAGAAUGGGCCAGAAGGGGGGAUUUCCCAGCGGCAACUCUCUCUUCAAGUGACCCAAAAUAUUGAAUUGUUGAAGUUGAUUAAACAGAUGAUGACUCCGGGAAUAGGUGAUCAGUUGGGAAUAAACGAGGUAGAAUUGAGAAACGAGGCAGCAAAGUUCAGUAAAGUUACAAAAAACAUGAUCAAUAUAUCAGGGAUCAUGGAAUAA